CGAUUGUUGGUAUACACUGGCCAAGUGAUAUAACCUAGCCAAAAUUUGGCCAACAAAUAAAAGCCGAUUUAAUGAAUAAACUGUUGAAUAUAGCCCAGGCAGGGCAGCGCCAGUUUGUCCGGGAAUAUGCAUUCAAGUCGGACCUGAAAAUCAAAUGGGUGCGCCCCGAGAAGAUCGCGUGCUUUAAGCCCGAGAAGAGCGGUGAUCUGGCCAAGCUGCCUCCUCUGAAAGCCGACGAACUGCUGCCGGAAUUCAGGGACUGUAAGGAACUGGAUAAAGCCGAUGAGUCUGUUAAAUCUUUGUUCAAGCUUAGCAACAAUGCCAGUUACCUGACCACAAAAUUCUACCGCGAUGAGAUGGUCAAGGAGGUGCAAAGACAUGCCCAGGACUUCGGCUCAAUGGAGGCCAAAUUGGCAAAAAUGACAGCAGUGAUCCGCCGCUACCAGGAGCACAUGGAUAAGCAUCCCCGCGACAAGAUGAUCAAGGUGCGACUCAAGGAGCUCAUCGACAAACGCAAGAAGUUCCUCAAGUACUUGAGACGUUGGGACUAUCCUCGCUUCGAGUGGAUUCUUGAGAAGCUCGACCUGGUGUACAAGCCACCGCCCGAACAUUUCCACUGGAUUACCCGCAAGGAGUCCCUGCAAAAGUUGACCGACACUUACUGCGAAAACCUCAAGGAAGAUCGACUUGAGGCCUACCAUAAGCAGCUGCAGGCCCAGCAAAUACCCUUCCUUGAGGAGGCCAUCAAGAAGAUGCAGUUCGUGCGGCAGGAGCAGAUAUCCUGCGAUGUUCCCGUAACCGUGACAGAAGAGCAGAUCGCCGACUCAAAAAGGCAGCUGGAAAUGCUGAAGGAGCUGCAGCAGGCAGAGGAAGCCGCCAGCAGCAAGAAACAAAACGAGGAUGGCUUCAAUUAGGCCCGAUUCUUUAAUGUUACGGUGUCUUACAAUAAAUGUAAAUGCUGGUGUUCUUAAAUUAUAUGUUUUAUUAUACUUUAAACGUUAGACUGGACAUCGUACCAUAUGUCAUGAUCAUCAGAGCGCAUACUGGCAAUAAAUAAGAAG